GCACAGCAGCAAGCCGCAGUCAUCGCUUCUGUUCUUUCCCUCUGUUUACAAAAAAUCACCGCCAUGCCUUGCGUUUUGCUAAACCUCUGUGAAUACGACACGCAAAAACUCGUCAAAAUCAAGAGUGUGAAACUUGGCUCGCUAAAAUGGACGUUAAACGGAGUGAUCUUGAUGUUUAUUUGUAUCAUGAUGUUGUGGAAUAAAGAAUACCAGGAGUAUGAUUUUGUAGUGAGUUCUGUCACCACAAAGGUUAAGGGAGUUGCAAAGAUUACCUCACCAGAAGUUGGAGACGUGUGGGAUGUGGUGGACUAUAGUGGACCAUCUCAGGGGAAAAACUCAUUUUUCGUCGCAACAAAUGCAAUUAUCACAAAGAACCAAAAACAAGGUAAAUGUGCAGAGGUCCUUCCAAACGGGAAGCUGUGUCAAACAGAUAAAGACUGUGAGAAAGGGUUUUCUGACCAACAUAACCAUGGUGUUCAGACAGGUGCCUGCGUGAAGUUGGACAUACUAAAGAAAACAUGCGAAGUUACAGCUUGGUGCCCCAUUGAGAACAAGAAGAGUCCCAGACCUGCUCUUUUGGCUGCUGCAGAAAAUUUCACUGUGAUGAUCAAGAAUAACAUCAGAUUUCCAGCAUUUAACUACAUACGGAGAAACAUCUUGUCUGAAAUGAAGGACACUGACUUGAAAGGCUGCAUCUAUCACCGCUACAAAAAUCCAUACUGCCCCAUAUUCAGACUGGGAGACAUUGUGGCUGAAGCCAAGGAGAAGUUUUCAGAGAUGGCGGUGGAGGGUGGUGUGAUUGGGAUCCAGAUCAACUGGGACUGUGACCUGAACCGCUUCUUUCACAGCUGUUUACCCAAAUACUCCUUCCGUCGUCUGGAUGAGAAAGAAAGUAACCGAACCCUGUACCCUGGACUCAACUUCAGGUUUGCGAGAUACUCAACGGUGAAUGGCGUGGAACAGCGCACUCUCUUCAAAAUGUACGGCAUUAGGUUUGAUGUGAUGGUGUUUGGGAAGGCUGGAAAGUUCAGCUUCAUUCAGCUAAUCAUCUAUAUUGGAUCUACACUCUCAUAUUAUGCUAUUACAACUAUAUUUUUGGACUGGCUUAUUGGUACUGGCUGUUACUCCAAAGAGGCAAAACAGAACUACACAGAGCGGAAGUUUGAGGCCGUACAAGACCGAGAAGAGUGCUUCCUUUGUGUGUCAUUUGUGGAUGAGGACAAUUUAAGAGUGGUGAAAAAAUCCCGAAAGAAAAGACUACAGGAGACUAAACCACUUUCCUUACACCAGCGCAAAAAUGAGCUGGCCAGUAUGAAGACUUUGUUGAGUGUCCUGCAAUGUGGCCAAAGCAGAAGUGAGCCUGUACAGAACGGCCAGAGCUGCGGCCUCAAAGUAGACGAAAACCUACCCAGCAGGCACAGUGGCAGACAAAACCCAGACACGCCAUUACUGGAGACGUCACAAUCUUCGUCUCCUUCCUGGUGUCAAUGUGGCUCCUGCCGACCUGCUGAGACCUUACAGGAGCAACUGUGCUGCCGUUUGAAGAAAGGCCGCUGUAUUACCUCUUCUCCGCUCUUUUCAUCUCUGGUCGUCAGUCGCUCCGUCCUGGAGAACACUUUGCUUUUUGUGGACCCCCUCGCUGAGCUGCACGAGGAGGCUCAGCUCCGUCAUGGGGCCUAUGCUCAGUUCAUCAGAUGGCGGUUUGGCGACAGCACACCCAGAGAUGCUCUUCCAGUAAUACCCAGCUGCUGCAUAUGGAGGAUCAGAGCAAAAUAUCCAAGCCCUGAUGGCACAUACAGUGGCCUUAGACCAUUUCAGGCCAUAACGUCUCAGACAGAACUCAACAGAUAACAGACUUUAUUCAUUUAUUGUCAAGACAUUCAAUCAGGAUGACAAUGCCUUAUGAUUGUGCAUAAAAGGGAAUGGUACUAACUACAGUCUGUGAUAUGCAAUGUGAUGGGUAGAUUCAUAGCUUCAACUUGAAAAAGUACCAAAUGAUGCAUCAUGCUAUUGUUUUACUAACACUGAUGCCUUUAAAAAUCAAUCAAGUGCUCAAGCAUGCACAGCCAAACUGAUUUGCAAACAGUUAUAAGUGUUAUAAGACACUGCUGCACUCAUAAACUGAAAUAAUAUGCUAUAUAUGUUAAUCAGGAUGCAAUAAAUAAAAAUGUUUUUUGUUCUGCUUAACAUUUUACAAAGAAACUGACUGAGAAUACCCAGCUAAUAAUGUUACAAAAGAUUUUAUUUGAUUGCAAAUGACUGCUGUUCUUCUGAAUUUUCUAAUUAUUAAAGUAUCUUUGAAAACAAAUGUUUCCUAGAAUCCAUCUCUUUUAACAUGAAUAUUAAUAACAGUUUGUUUAUAUCAAGAGUGUCCAAACUCGAUCCUGGAGGGCUGGUGUCCUGCAUAUUUUAGUUCC